AUACUACUACUUGACCUCCAUUUACACUGAAAAAAUAACAAAAAAAAAAAAAAACCUACUACUUUGGAGCAAAACCGAAACAAAUCAGAAAUCUGAGUCUCAAGAUCUGUACAAUAGUCUCUCUUGCACGGACUAAUCUCGUCAAUCUCCGAGAUUUCUGUGCUGAAUGCAAUGGCAACACGGUAUUGGAUAGUUUCACUCCCAAUCCAAAACAAUUCAUCACCUUCUUCCCUUUGGAGUCGCCUGCAAGAAUCAAUUUCCAAACAUUCCUUUGAUACCCCACUUUAUCGGUUUAACAUUCCUAAUCUUCGGGUGGGAACACUGGACUCGCUGUUAGCACUCAGUGAUGAUCUUCUCAAGAAUAACAGCUUCAUUGAAGGAGUAUCCCACAAGAUACGUAGGCAAAUUGAGGAAUUGGAGAAGGUUUCGGGUGUGGUCAGUAGCUCUCUCACAGUCGAUGGGGUUCCUGUUGACUCGUAUCUUACUAGAUUUUUAUGGGAUGAAGCUAAAUAUCCAACAAUGUCACUGUUGAGGGAGAUUGUGGAUGGAAUACAUACACAAAUAGCCAAGAUUGAGGAUGACCUUAAGGUUCGUGUUGCUGAGUACAAUAACGUACGUAGUCAACUCAAUGCCAUUAACAGAAAGCAGACAGGAAGCUUAGCAGUUCGUGAUCUAUCCAAUUUGGUGAAGCCAGAGGAUAUUGUCACAUCUGAACACUUAACCACACUGCUUGCUAUUGUUCCGAAAUAUUCCCAGAAGGAUUGGCUGGCGAGUUAUGAGACACUCUCAACCUAUGUGGUCCCAAGAUCCUCGAAGAAGCUGUAUGAGGACAAUGAGUAUGCUCUUUACACUGUUAUGCUGUUCAGCCGUGAUGCUGACAACUUCAGGACAAAAGCACGUGAAAGAGCUUUUCAAAUUCGAGAUUUCGAGUACAAUUCUGAAACACAAGAGAGUCGGAAGCAGGAACUAGAAAAACUGAUGCAAGACCAGGAAAGAUUUAGAAGCUCUCUGCUACAAUGGUGCUACACCAGUUAUGGAGAGGUAUUUAUCUCCUGGAUGCACUUUUGUGCUGUACGUAUCUUUGCUGAGAGCAUUCUUAGAUAUGGCCUUCCACCAUCUUUUUUGUCUGCUGUAUUGUCACCAUCUGUGAAAAGUGAAAAGAAAGUGCGCUCCAUCUUGGAAGGUUUGUGUGACAGUUCAAACAGCACCUACUGGAAAACUGAGGAUGAAGGACCGGUUAGUGGUUUUGGGGCUGAUGCUGAUGCACAUCCUUAUGUUUCCUUUACCAUCAAUCUGAUUUAAAUCAAGUUUCUCUUCAUUGCAACCAACGUCCAAUACCUUGUUUAUUUACUUGGCUUUCAAGAAUAAGGACAGUGGCUGUGUGUAUAUCAGAGUACUAUAUAAACUAUGUUCUCUGGAAGUAAAGAAUGUUGUUCGUAUAGCCUCAUGUUGAUAUCAAUAUUUGCGUCCUGAAGUAAUUAAAAUGUGUUAGAUGAUCUUCCUUGGUUGAUAUUUUGGGGGCUGCAAUCUCUGUUUGAGAAUCACUGUUGUAAUAUUGAUUUUUGGGUUACCCUGUGGUGGACCUAUAAUAUCUUAAUCUGUAUGUAUUCCUUAUGCUAUUCUUUAA